AUGGCGGAGGCGUCCCUCUUCGCCGACCUGCCCUUCCCCGACGACCUCCCGGAGUUUCCCCACCACUCCGUCGACGACGCCUUCGCCCUCGAAGAUUUCGACCUCGACGACCUAGACUUCGACCUCGACCUCGACCUCUUCCCCACGGACGACGUGCACCUCCCCUCCCCGCCGCCGCCGCUCGCGACCUCCUCCUCCUCAUCCGGAUCUCCCGCCGGGGGCUCCUCCUCCUCAGCCGGAUCCCCUCCCGGAGGCUCCUCCUCCUCCGCCGUCGAAACCAGCCCGAAGAACGACGAGUCCUCUGAAUCCUCUUCGCGGACCGCCAGCCCUGGUAACGACGGCAAGCCCGCGGACACGAACAACGGGGACGACAAGCGGCGCGCGCGGCUGGUGCGCAACAGGGAGAGCGCGCACCUGUCGCGGCAGCGGAAGAAGCAGUACGUGGACGAGCUGGAGGCCAAGGUCAAGGCCAUGCAGGCCACCAUCGCGGACCUCUCCGCCCGGAUCUCCUGCGUCACCGCCGAGAACGCCGCCCUCAAGCACCAGCUCGCCGCCACUGCCGGUGCUGCAGGCACCCCUCCCCCGCUGCCCAUGUACCCGGGAUUGUACCCGCUGCCGCCGCCGUGGAUCCACCCCGCGUACGCCAUGCGGGGGUCUCAAGUCCCACUCAUGCCGAUACCCCGGCUGAAAACCCGGCAGCCUGCUCCUCCUGCCGGCGCAGAGCCGCCAGCCAAGAAGGCUAAGAAGACCAAGAAGGUUGCGAGUGUCAGUCUCCUUGGACUGCUGCUCCUGACGAUGCUUUGCGGGUGCUUGCUUCCUGCGGUAAAUAGGAUGUGUGGUACAGCUGAUUCCGGAGAAGGCGCUGUCCUUGGUCAGUCGCAUCAUGGGAGGAUUCUGGCUGUCGACGGGCCUCGGAGCGGUGUAUCCGAAGAUAUUGAUACGACGAAGGUUCAGCAGAAUGCGAGCGAGACACUCCCGGCACUGCUGUAUAUUCCGAGGAACGGGAAGCAUGUCAAGAUCAAUGGGAAUCUGGUUAUCAAGUCCGUUGUUGCCAGUGAGAAAGCUUCUUCGCGGAUACCUCGUUCUGACGGGAAGAGCUCGGUUAACCAAGGAAAUGAAGGGACUGGCUUGGCGAUUCCUCGCCAUGUGGCGAAAUUGGAUUCUGUGGAAGUCGUGGAGUCGGCUAAGAGAAUAACUAAUAAACUGAUUGCUUUGCCUCCUGGAGAUGGAAGCGUAUACAGGGAGGAUGAUGAGUUGCUGCCACAAUGGUUUAGCGAAGCAAUGUCUGGUCCUAUGUUGAGCUCUGGAAUGUGCACUGAAGUGUUCCAGUUUAAUACAUCUCCGACGUCGGCUGAUCCAAAUGGCAUUGUUCCUGUCUACUCCAGUGCUAUGUCCAACUCAUCACAUAACUUCACUGAAAAUGUCCCAUCUCAGAAGGUCAAGACCAGAAGGAUUUUACACUCCAUGGCCAUUCCUGUACAAGGGUCAACAUCUAACCAUACCGAUCACCUUAAAGCGCACCCCGAGAACGAGAGCUUUGCUGGAAAUAAGCCGGCUUCAUCUGUGGUGGUGUCUGUCUUGGCUGACCCAAGAGAGGAUGCUGAUGGGAGGAUCUCUUCGAAGUCAUUGUCGCGUAUAUUUGUUGUAGUCCUGAUUGAUAGUGUAAAGUAUGUCACUUACUCUUGCGUCCUGCCCUUCAAAAACCAUAGCCCCCAUCUGUGAGCUGGGUUUUCACCAUAGUAUUUGUUCCAAGUUAUGUCGAUUAACAGGACAGGAUUUUUUCCUAAGAGCUAAUGUACUGUCUAUGUGGAUAGAGUUGCAGUUAAAAUCAGUUGACAGUUUAUUAACGUA